GACGGCCGAUGCCUUUUCUGUGGAGACGAUGGAGGAAAGGGGGAAUUAGUAGCUGAUCUUCAGACGAUGUUCGCAGAGCGACUUGAUAAUCAGAAACUACAGCCUUAGCAGAGAAUUUUCAUGGGACCAAAGCGGCUUAAAAUGACCCGGAGAGUGAACAUUGAUCAGCUGCACAAGGUUUGAAUCCACCUAGAAACCCCAUGGAGCAGGAUGUAGAGAGCCCAGCCAUCAUCAAACAGCCCAAGCUGCCAAAGCAGGCCCGUGAGGACCUGCCUAAACGGCUGGCAGAAAUUGACAGGGCUAAGAAGGUCCAGCGGUACGUCCAGAAAGAUGGGAAGUGUAACGUCCAUCACGGGAAUGUUCGUGAGAGAUACCGCUACCUGACAGACAUUUUCACCACACUGGUAGAUCUCAAAUGGAGGUUCAACCUUUUCAUCUUUGUGUUGGUGUACACGGUGACAUGGCUCUUCUUUGGCUUCAUGUGGUGGCUUAUUGCUUAUCUCCGCGGUGAUCUGGACCAUAUAACAGACAACCAGUGGACUCCAUGUGUCAAUAACCUCAAUGGGUUUGUAUCAGCUUUUCUUUUCUCCAUUGAGACAGAGACCACGAUUGGUUAUGGAUAUAGAGUAAUCACAGACAAGUGCCCUGAGGGAAUAGUUCUGCUUUUAGUUCAGUCAGUGCUGGGAUCUAUUGUGAAUGCCUUCAUGGUGGGUUGCAUGUUUGUUAAGAUCUCGCAGCCCAAGAAGCGAGCUGAGACAUUAGUGUUUUCCACCAAUGCGGUCAUCUCAAUGAGAGAUGGACGACUGUGCCUGAUGUUCAGAGUCGGAGACCUCCGAAACUCGCACAUCGUGGAGGCUUCUAUCAGGGCCAAGCUUAUCAAGUCUAAGCAGACCAAGGAAGGGGAGUUCAUCCCUUUAAACCAGACAGACAUAAAUGUGGGUUACAACACGGGAGAUGACAGACUUUUCCUGGUGUCACCCCUCAUCAUCUGCCAUGAAAUCAAUCAGCACAGCCCUUUCUGGGAGAUCUCACAAGCUCAUCUGGCCAAGGAAGAGUUGGAAAUAGUUGUGAUUCUGGAGGGGAUGGUCGAGGCCACAGGUAUGACAUGCCAGGCAAGGAGUUCAUACGUGAGCAGUGAGAUCAAAUGGGGCUACCGCUUCACACCCGUCUUGACGCUAGAGGACGGCUUUUAUGAGGUGGACUAUAACAGCUUUCAUGACAUCUACGAAACCAACACACCCACCUGCAGUGCCAAAGAGCUUGCCGAUAUAACCAGUCGCUCCCGCUUGCCCCUAACCUGGUCACUGGUGAGUAAGCUGAGCCAGCAGGGGCUGCCGGAGUCUGAGCAGGAGGGUCAGGAGACCAAGACCAGCCUGGACAACCAGAGGAAGAGCCUGCAGACUGAGAGGAAUGGAGACAUUGCCAAUAAUGAGAGUGAGUCCAAAGUGUAGCGAGUGUGAUAGCAGAGGGAAAGACGGAGAGUAUAAGGUCUAUUUACGAUUCUUGAACUGUACUGUACAUCUCCCAUUCGGGAUGACCGCAGAUGCUUGCGGUGCACAUGUGACAAUUUGAGGCACUAAACAAGAACCAAUGAGCACAGUAGACCAAGUAUCCCUGCAUCAAGAACUGCUUUUUCUCAGUGAGUCAGUUACCCCAAACACAACAACAAAACAAGUAGACAUGUGUCCCACCGCUGAACUGAAAACUCUUUGCGGAAAGUGCAUGUUUCAAAUAUAACGUGAUGUCCUCCUGAUGAGAUUCCUAUUAUUUUUUCUAAUAAAAUAUUCCUAGGGGCAUUUGCAUACGUAUUUUUGUAUAUACUAUAAACGGUUUUGAAUUCUUUGCUUUGUUGCGGUGCAAAUAUUUGACAGAUGUUUGAUACUAAUUCCUUUAGGUUAGGUCUGUAUAAAUUCUAUGCCUUACUGUAUGUAUAAAGCUUUCAUUAUUUGUUUUUCAUAUAUAUAUGUAAGCAUGUAUAAACAUUAACUGCAGUUGAUUUCUCUUGUAUUAUGUAUAUACUGUAUGAUGAGAACACUGUAAGAAAAAAAUGGAUGCAAACUCUAGUUUAAACCAAUGACAAAUUCUUCCCCAAAUAAUAGAUGUUUGUUUAGGUAGAAAAAUACAAUUCCUUGAGAAGCCAUGACUUGCUGUUUACAGCUGAGUGACUUCAGACAAUGGCCCUUUAAAACUGCAUUUGUCACUUUUGCACAUUGGAGGCCUCUGGUGGAGAAAGUAAGUUGCUAUUUCAGACUCCAGAAAUCCCUCACAUCACCUAACAGUAUCAAAAUGAAUAAACAGUAUAUUGCAUAUUACAUCUUGAUGAAGCUGUUUUUCUUAGCACAUGUAGAACAUUUACAUUUAUUUAAGUAAAAGUCCUGCAUUCAAAAUCCUCCUUAAGUAGAGACACAGAGGUGUUAUCACCAAAUUGUUCUUAAAGUAUCUAAUGAAGGUACUUCAGUAAAAUGGUUCCUAUGACUGACACAUAGUUGUAUAUUACAUUGUCGAUACCAAUGUGUCAGUAGUAUUAUUAUUAUUUUAUUGGUACUAAUCUUUGCUUUUUUGUCAACCCUUUCAGGCUCAAACAGUUAUUAUAUUAAAACAUCUGAGGCUUUCAGAGGGAAAAUGUCUCACAGCAAGACAUCAGAAAUAUGACGAGGAAUGUCGUUACACGUUGCUUAUUUGAUAAGAAUCACAUGCAAAAAAGAAAGUGGUGCACUUUAUAAACUCAGAACAUGUCGCACGGAUGUUUUUGACUACAAGGUCUUCAUCACAGUGAUGUCUUGAGGUUGCUGAGGUUGUGCUAAUAUGGUAUU